GAGAGAGGGGAGGGGUUAGGGGAUGAAGAGGAGGUGAUGAUGGGGGAGCCCAAGGUGUCGACGAUGGCCAUGGCAAAUAGGGAGAGAGAUCGGGAGCUGCUCAUCGCCGUCGCCGGCGAAUCCUCCGACGACCCCGAUUCCAAGCCCUCCUCCUCCGCCGCCGCCGCCGCCGCCCACCACCACCACCACCACUCGGGCCGAGAGGCAUUUCAUAAUGUUCUUCGCAGCUGGGCUUCAAAAAAGUUCAUGACUGGAUGUGUGAUCCUCUUUCCAAUAGCAGUUACCUUCUAUAUCACAUGGUGGUUUAUUCACUUUGUGGAUGGAUUUUUCUCUCCAAUAUAUGCUCAACUUUCGAUCAACAUAUUCGGACUUGGCUUCAUAACUUCCAUAACUUUUAUAUUUUUGGUUGGAGUGUUCAUGUCCUCAUGGGUGGGGGCAUCUCUUCUUAGCCUUGGAGAGUGGUUUAUCAAGAGAAUGCCAUUUGUUCGCCAUAUUUACAAUGCAUCCAAGCAAAUUAGCACUGCAAUAUCACCUGAUCAGAACACACAAGCCUUCAAGGAAGUGGCUAUUAUAAGGCACCCUAGGAUUGGUGAAUACGCAUUUGGAUUCAUUACUUCAGCAGUUGUUCUUCAGAGUUAUUCAGGUGACGAGGAGCUAUGCUGUGUCUAUGUUCCAACCAACCAUCUCUAUAUUGGUGAUAUUUUUCUCGUCAACUCUAAGGACGUUAUUAGGCCGAACUUAUCUGUCCGUGAAGGAAUUGAGAUUGUAGUCUCAGGCGGCAUGUCAAUGCCCCAAAUUCUUGCGACUUUGGAUCAGCAAAGGAUCCAAGUCGACAGAUCCAGAUCUAAUCGGAGCUGAGACUGCGGACUUCACUUUCAAUUUUUUAAGCUUAAUCUGUCAGAAUUAGCUACAUAGGUUUCCCUCUUUAUUUCAGACUCAGUUUGUAUUGGAUUUUGUGCUUGCCGGGCAGAUUCUUAUGGGUAUGUAAAAGAAAAUUCUCCUAGAUUUUUAUUGGUGUGUAAAAUGUAAGGUGAAGCAAGUCUAGUAUAGUUCCUGUAUGAUAUUUAUUGUUAACAGUCUGCAUUGCAGCUCGAGAAAAUUAUGUUUUGAAUUUUGCCUUCAAGAUUUUGUAA